AUGUUCCCCCUCUACCCCACCCCCCGGCCAACCUCCCGCCCCACCACUCCCACCCCCACGCCCACACCCACACUGAGCAGCACAACCCUCCCCGCAACCGGCCCAGCCCUAACGCACAUCUACAGCGCCCUCCUCCGGCCCACGCUGCUCCCCCCGCCCGCGGCCUUCACCCAGCCGCUGCUCGACAGCUUCGUGGCGAACCACGACCCGCUGCUGGAAGACACGACGCUGUUUACCGCGGGUAGCAGGAUGCGCGAGGUCGGUGUUGAGGUCGAGAGGGUGGAGAGGGAGUGGAGGAGGUUGGGUGUCAACGAGCUGGUGGAUGGCGGUGCGGGUGCGGGUGCGGGUGCGGGUGCGGGUGCGGGAGUGAGUUUGAAGGAGGUGAGGGAGGGGAGGUUGAGGUGUAGGUUGGCGAAUCAAGCUGCUGGUACAGAUCGGACGAGGAAGGAGAGGCUCAAGGAGCGUAUGGACGCUUUCGAGAAGGAGAUGAAAAAGGAAGAGGAGGAGGCAUUAAAGGCAUUUAAAGAGGGCUUGAGGAGGGCAGUUGGUGGUGGGUAA